CUCGUUGACGCUGCGUUAGAGCUCAAAGAAAGCAACAGAAAGAACUGAAGAAGACAUGGUUGAACUGUCGCUGUACCUAACAAACGUUAGCGUGUCUCUGGGGCAAACUAUGGACACAGAAAAGAGUUCUACAGUGGUAAAGGAGUUUGAAAAUGUGGAACUCGGAGAUCUGGGCAAAAAGAAGCCCAAGAUUCCUCGCAGAACAAUCUACUUUGCGUCUGGUGAAACCAUGGAAGAGUACAGUACAGAUGAAGAGGAGGAAGAAGAACCAGAGAAAGCCAAAACCUUAAGUACAGUGGAUACAUCAAAGUUGACCUGGGGUCCAUAUGUCUGGUUCCAUAUGUGGAGAGUAGCUACCUCAACCAUCUCAGUUUGUGACUAUCUUGGAGAGAAAAUGGCCUCACUGCUGGGAAUCACGACACCAAAAUAUCAAUAUGCAAUUGAUGAGUACUACAGGAUUAAGAAAGAGGAGGAGGAAGAAGAGGAGGAGAACCGUCUCUCUGAGGAGGCAGAACGUCGUUUUGAGGAGCAGCACGGCCAGCAGCCAAAGAUCGAGCAGCCAGAAGGAACUGCUUCUUUUGUGAACGUGACUUUUGAACUGGAGCAGGAAUCACAUGCUACAUCUGAUGCUAAUAAAAUGCCUUCCCCCAUUCCCUCCUAAAAUACUGUUUAGUUGAUUGAGCAUAUAAGAUGGUUUUUGCCAUAUAAACCUUAGACAUGGGGUGUGCUUGGUUUCUUUUUUUGGAGGGGAAGUUUACGUGAAGUUAAACAUGAAGGUAACAUUGUUUAUGCAUAGCUGACAAUGCAGAACUGAUUUAAUAAUCAUACAUAAAACUAUGGAAGCUAAUUUCUGGCAUGGAAUAAAAUAUAUAUAAUAAAGAAGUAAUUGCAAAUUUACCUUACAAUUCAGACUUUUUCUCUGAAUUCUGAGUUUACAUCUUGCGGUUCUGUUUUUUUUUUAGACACCUAACCUAAAUUUAAAGAAAAAGAAAACCUCACAAGAUAAAAACUCGCAAUUCUGAGAAAAAAGUCUGAAUUUAAAGAUAAAAAAGUCACCAUUAGCAAGCAAUCAGGGUGCCGUUAAGCAAGACCUAUAUCUCUGCAUCAGAACAUUGUGUAGACAUGGGACUUGGCUCUUUUGACUCAUGUUAGCAAGCAGGACUUCCAACAUGCUACAAACGCCAGCAGUGAAUAGCUACAUGCUAAUAGCGAUUAGUCAUGUGAAAACAUUAUAAAAAUUCUGGCUAAUUGUAAAAAAAUUAUAAGAAGUAGCAGUAACUUCCCAGUGCCAAGUUUUGCCACGUUGAGCACCACUCCCGUUUUCUUCAGAAAAUGUACAUAUUUUUUAUUCUGAGGUGAAAAUAAUGUUCCAUAUAAAACCUUAGUCACCACAACAAUUCAUUGUUACGUAAAAUAGCCUAAGCUAAACACUAUAACAACUGCAUGGAUUACCAAUCUUUUACAAUGCUCUAUUAUGUAAGUACUUAUAAUAUUAGAUAUUUCUAUGUUACUGGUGAUGCUAGGAGUUUUUAAAAAUAGAGUAAACUGUCAGAUGGGAAUUUAUGUCACCGCUUUCAUUAACCAAAUAUUAUUUUAAUGUGAACUCAUUAUUUUUGGUGUGCAUGUAAAUGUGAACUUGAGUUCAAAUGUGAGUUCAAUUUGUCCACCCCUCUGACACGCACAGAAAAAAAAACAUUUCAUUUGGACAGUGUGUAAUUUAUUGUGUAAAAUAAUUUUGUAUUAUGUAGGUGAAAACACACCUAUCUUUCUAUAAUGUAGGUGAAAAAAUACAGUUUGUUUUGUACAUAUUACUUAAUAAACAUUUCCAUAUACAAA